CCUCCCACACAGUAUAAACAGACGACAUAGCAGAAUAAGUUCGCAUUCACAGUUCUGCGUAUGUGUGCACUUACAGAGCUGUGUGCUGUUGUACUCGACGCUAUUCAAAAUGGAUUUUAAGUUUAUAGCGCUGCUUAUACUGAUCGGGUCUUUCAUGGGAAUGACUGUUGCUCAGGCCAGCUGUGACCCAGAAACACAGUAUGAAGAGGAGGGUCAGUGCUGUCUUAUGUGUAAGCCAGGGACUAGCAUGUCUACAAAAGAUUGUAAGAAUCCUCGAUGUCAAUCUUGUCCUGAUAAUCACUACCAGGAUAAAUACACAACGGAAAACAAGUGUCUGCUGCAGCCUUACUGUGAUAGAAAUAAAAACUUUGAGGAUCCAUUCCCGAAAAGCAAGACACAAAAAUCCAUCUGCGAGUGUAAAGUGGGAUUCCACUGCUCCAGUAAAGACUGUAUUACCUGUGUGGAACACACAGUCUGUCAACCAGGAUAUGGAGCCAAAGUCAUAGGCAACAAAUCACAGGACACAGAGUGUGAAAAAUGUCCAGACGGGACAUUUAACAAUAAUACGUCGUGGGAUGCUCAUUGCCGCAAAUGGACAGAAUGUGAGACGGGAUACCACGUUGAAGAAAAGGGAACGCAUACCACCGACAACACAUGUGGACUCCCACGACGGGGUCACAUAAUCGUGAUCUCUAUUAUAUCUGUAAUGGCUGUGAUCACUGUUGUAAUCUUGGUUUUGUUAUAUCGAGCAGGAUGCAUAAAACAAAGGACAAAGCGCUAUUUUAAACCACUGCAUCCAGAAGAAAAACCAACAUGUACAGAAACCACCCUGAAUAUGCCACUGACACCAGAGGAAAAUGAGGACGACCCAAGCCAUGAGCUCUCCUCAGAAGGAUUCACAGAGAAAGGGAACCAGGUGAUGCAAGAGAGAGGCAAAGAAGAAAUCGUGUCUCGUCAGGAGUCUCAGCUGGAGUCUCAGUUUGAGUCUCAAGAAGACAGUCAGUCAAUGGAUCCAUUUUACAAGCCUGUGCAAGCCUGUACAAGUGCUGUGGAAAGUUAAAAAAAAUAAGUACCUGAUCUGAAUAAGCAUCAGUGAAUUCGUCUCCUUACUAAUUCAUUUUGAAUGUUUACAUGAAGUUACAAUCAUUUCAUUUGCACUAAAUUGUAAAAACCUAAACACACACACACUAUAUAUACGUGGUGUAGACGUUAUCAUCCGGCAAACAAAACGUUGCUGGUUUGUUUCAAGCUAGGAAGGACAUCAUGGACCAAAUGAAGUGCCCAGUGCGACCCCUAGUGGCAAGUGAACAGCCGAAAGUAGCUAGCUAUAAGCCUUAAAUCUUAACAAUAGAAUGUAAAGUAAGAUGUAUUAUAAGGUGUAAAGAGAGUGUGGCGUAGUGUGUGAUUUAUCUGCAUUAGUUUUGAAGUUAUAUGUUGUUUAUUUUUGUUUUGUUUUUGUUUGCGUGUGUGUGCGUGCAUGCGUGUGUGUGUGGGGGGGGGGGGUUCAAGACAGUAUUGACGGUAUCCUGCUCCUAUGGACAUGUCAUAUGGACCACUAGCUACCGCUACUGUUACCUUGUACAUCAUUAGCACUGUUUUGUUUGUUUGUUUGUUUUUUAAUUUGAAAACAUAUGCAACAUGUGGAAAUAACAAUCAGUGGGGUUGUUUAUGUAAGCACAAUCCCACUCCCAUCAAGAUCAAAACAACAGUGAAGACCAACCCACAGUGGACACCACCAUGCUGAGCAUGCUUAGACCCUACAGUUAGCUUGUAUUUGAUGUUGUGAUCUGAUUUGUUCUGUACAGAUGCUUUGUUAGUAUUUGCAUGUACUAAAAUUGUGCCAUUUAGCAUGAAAAUGGCAUAUUGUUCACCGUUUCUGCAUUAAAAUUUGUGACAUUUAA